UCACUUUCAUCUCAUCAAAGAUUCCAUCAUUUCUCAUUUCUCUCUUUAUCACUACAAACAGAAAGUAUCAAUCGGAGAAAGAAGAAGAAGAAGAAGAUGCAGUACAAGAACCUCGGGCGAUCAGGCCUAAAGGUAAGCCAGCUAUCCUACGGCGCAUGGGUGAGUUUCGGCAACCAGCUCGACGUCAAAGAAGCCAAAUCCCUCCUCCAAUGCUGCCGCGACCACGGCGUCAACUUCUUCGACAACGCCGAAGUCUACGCCAACGGCCGCGCCGAGGAGAUCAUGGGUCAAGCCAUCCGCGAGCUCGGAUGGAAGCGCUCUGACAUCGUCGUCUCCACCAAGAUCUUCUGGGGUGGUCAAGGUCCCAACGACAAGGGUCUCUCUCGCAAGCACAUCGUUGAAGGCACUCGCGCUUCGCUCAAGAGGCUUGACAUGGAGUAUGUUGAUGUUAUCUAUUGUCAUCGCCCUGAUACUUCUACUCCGAUUGAGGAAACUGUUAGGGCUAUGAACUUUGUUAUUGAUCAGGGUUGGGCUUUCUAUUGGGGGACUAGUGAGUGGUCCGCGCAGCAGAUCACUGAGGCGUGGGCCGUCGCGCAUCGCCUUGAUCUUGUUGGGCCUAUUGUGGAGCAGCCUGAGUACAAUCUCUUGUCCAGGCACAAGGUUGAAGCUGAGUAUCUGCCACUGUAUUCUAGUUAUGGGAUUGGACUCACUACUUGGAGUCCACUUGCAUCUGGAGUUCUCACUGGCAAAUACAAGAAAGGAGCUAUUCCGUCUGAUAGCCGUUUUGCUUUGGAGAAUUACAAAAACCUGGCAGCUCGUUCAUUGGUUGACGAUGUGCUAAAAAAGGUUGAUGGUUUAAAGCCAAUAGCAGAUGAACUGGGUGUGCCAUUAGCACAACUUGCAAUUGCAUGGUGUGCUAAUAAUCCCAAUGUCUCGUCAGUUAUCUGUGGCGCUACAAAGGAGUCUCAGAUUCAAGAGAACAUGAAAGCAAUUGAUGUCAUUCCAUUACUGACUCCUGCUGUGAUGGAGAAGAUUGAGAAUGUUGUUCAAAGCAAGCCAAAGCGCCCUGAUUCAUAUAGAUGAAUUGAAGGUUUUCUUUCUAUCUACAAGACUACAACACAGCAUAUGUGCAUUCAGUGGGGUCUUUAUAGUCCCGGUUCACUAAGAAGUGCAAAUUCAUGUUCAAGUUAACUGUUGUAAUUGAUAUGAUAUCCACUUGAGAGCUCCUCCUUUUCUUUGUUGUAUUUUUACUUUCAGGGACUGGAUUAAACUUUUUUUUUAUUGGUUCACGUGAUCCAAAUCGAUUUUAGAAUAUAUUCCAAGGACUGAGGACUUGUCACUUAAUGUGCAUAUGGUUUGGAUUAAUAUAUGCAUAUAUGGCUUGGAUAAUUUUCGCCGUAAUGUGGAAGACUUAUUUGGAUUUUCGGAGUCCAAUUGUUUUUCUUGA